CGUUCGCACGUAGGCUGGGGAGGGAGCUCACACGUCGCGAUACCGUGUGUUUGCUCGCGUUAGGCUCCCCGUGACAGUGACUCGGGGGUUUUCUCUUUUUACGGUCUCGUGGGAGCCUCGCUCUCUCUCUCCAGACCCGCGAACGUGUCCCCAAGCUGCCCGAGAGCAUGGCCCCUCCGACGUACAACGACCUAGGAAAGAGCGCCCGCAAUGUAUUCGGCCAAGGCUACCACUUCGGUCUGUUUAAACUAGACGUGAAGACCAAGACCAAUUCCGACGUAGAGUUCUCCUGCGGCGGCGUGUCCAAUCAGGACACGGGGAAGGUGUUCGGUAACUUGGAGACCACGUACAAGUUCAAGGAGCACGGACUGACGUUCAGCGAGAAGUGGAACACCGACAAUACCCUCGGGACCGAAAUCAGCAUUGCCAAUAAGUUGCUCAAUGGUCUCACGGUCGGCUACUGCUGUACCUUCUCCCCACAGACCGGCUCCAAAACGGGAAAGCUGAAGACCAGCUAUCAGCACGAAAACGUGUCCGCUGCUGCUGAUUUUGAUCUCAGUCUGUCCGCUGGACCCCUAAUUUACGCCUCGGCCGUCGUGGGUUAUCAAGGAUGGCUGGGUGGCUAUCAGGCGUCCUUCGACUCGCAGAGAAACAAACUUACAAGAAACAACUUUGCUCUGGGAUAUACCGCUUCUGACUUUACUCUUCAUAGCGCUGUGGAUAAUGGCCGCGAGUUCAACAGCUCCAUUUAUCAUAAAAUAAAGCCGGAUUUGGAGGGAGCCAUUAACUUGGCGUACAAUUCCAGUAAUAAUGUAACACAGUUUGGCAUGGGCGCGAAGUAUAAGCUUGACAACGAUGCUAGCAUUAGAGCCAAAGUGAAUUCUAAUCUACAAAUAGGUUUGGGAUAUCAACAGACACUGCGGAGCGGUGUAACUUUGACGCUUUCUACAAACAUUGAUGGGAAGAACUUCGGCUCUGGUGGCCACAAGUAUGGCGUCGCAUUAGAUCUUCAGGCUUAAAUACCAUAUAAAGUAAUGCUUAUUAUGAGAAAGCAAGAAAUUUAUCCCAUACAAAUACAUAUUUCAUGACCUCUGUGUCAUAAAAUCGGCGUGACAGUACAUGCUUCAAAUAAAGUAUUACCUGUAACAUGUAGAUAGAUCAAUCCUCUUGAAUAGAUGCCACAAAACAUCAUUUCAGAUUAAUUAAUUGAUCACGUUAGUCUAUAUUGUACACAAUUAUGACCAUGAAUCAGCAAUAUCUUUUGCGAACAAUAUGAAGUCGCAAUUAUGCAUACAAGUUUGUACUGUUAGUCGUACUAAAGUUCCACAUGCAGGUUUUUUUGUCGGUUCCUGUUGACUGAAAUUUCUGUAAUCUGCUGAAAUAAUAUAAAAUGGAGAAGGAAAAAAGAACGAAAAGGCAAUGGUAUAAAAAUUGAUAAUAAAAAUAUGUAAAAAGGAGCUACGUAACAUGAAAAAUUUUAUCUGUUUAUUUUAUAAAUAUUGCCAAUAUUUUUGUACGAUACUCGAUUAUUAUGUUACUUCAUAUAAUUUCCAAACAGUGCAAAAUAUUUUUAUGAAGCGUUACCUUGUUUUUAUCAGAUAAUUGAUUCUGCAAAUUAAACACCUUAUCUCUUGCUGGAUAGGACCAGAUUAGAAUGUAUAAUGUGCAAUCAAAGUGUUAACAAUAUGAUUGAUUGAUAGUAAAUGAAUGCGCAUUUUUUUCGUUAUUGAAUACAUACUAUUGUAAAGAUAUGAUGCCUUCUCUAAUUCAUAUAAAUAAUGCAAUUAUAUAGACUUGUAUAGAUAACAAUAUUAGAAAUAAUUCAUUCACUUAUUGUAACGGAUGUUUCCGUGUCUGUUUGUUAAGAAGUACUGCCAGUUUGGCUAAAUUAUGAUGUUCGCCUCAGAUAUUCACCAAAGUAUAUUCCUUGACAGAAUUUUCAUGUGUAGUCACGAAUAUGUAAAUGAUAAUGGUCAUAUUUUCAAAAGACAUGAUGAGUACUGCAUAUAUGUAUAAUUCCAUUGCUUUAUUUUAUAUAGGAAAUAAUAAUUGUUUGUGAGUUAAAAAAUGGCUUUUAUUCUCUUCAUCGAUUGUGCAGGUUCAGUAAAGAAUGUUGUACGAAGU